CGGGCUCAUGACACGGAUGGAUUCAGAUCUUCAGUGUAAAUGUAUGGUGUGUGUGUGUGUGUGUGUGUGUAGUAGUAGUAGUAGUAUUACCUACGUGCGCAUGUGUUUCCUUGGAAUAUCGUGAAGUUGUGUGCGGUCAUUCAUGUCAUGUAGCUUCACAACAUUACAACACUGGCAUUACAAGCAUGAAAUGAUUUGGUGUACUCGGCCUCUCCAUUUUCCGCGCACUGAGGGAUAUAAAAAGCGAUCCUGGAUGGACCUGGGUGAUAACAGCUGGUCCAUGGUCAAGCGCGAAGUGUCCAGCAGCAGCAGUCCAGGGUCUCCGGCUGAGCAGAGCUACCUGAACACGGACCGGAGAGACCGGCUGAGAUCCCCGACGCACCUGGACGCGUUGGGAACCCGACGCACCGAGGGCAGGCCCCUACACUCCUACGUUCACUUUGGGCAUCCCAACAACGUCCUGCCCAGUUCAGACGACGUUACGCUCUUCACGGAUUUAGACCAGGGCAACAAACUCAUCAUCUCAGGCGGACACACCAGGGAGGCGCAUAAAGGAGGCCUUAUUGUGGACCCUACCGACAUGUAUCAGACGCUGGCCAUCGCCGCGGCCCAGAGUCAGGCCGGCUAUAACGACUCGCCGCCGGCCGGUUACAUGCACUCCAACCCCAAUUCUCCCGUAUACGUUCCGACGUCUCGAGUCGGGACGAUGAUACCGAGUUUGUCGUACCUUCAGCCCAGCGUGUCAUCGCAGCCGAGCCAUGCGGUCAGCAGUCAUUCGGUCUGGUCGCAGUCCGCCCCAGAGAGCCCGUCCUACAGCACUGGAAGCCCACACACCUCCAACAGGUUCCACUACUCGCCCAGUCCACCUAUGAAUAACAGCACAUCGAGGGAUCCCAGCUAUCCAUUGAAUGUCAGUAGUCGAGACCAGUAUCUUUCACGACCGAUAAGUGGAUCUUAUAGCAGUCCGUAUCCUCCUUACGUUGCACCGCAGCUAUCGCAGUUACCGACGGCGUGGCCAGCGGGGCCUUUCGAGAACUCCAUGCUUCAUUCCCUGCAAUCCAGAAGCGCACCGCUGUCCAUCAGAGGACCGAAUGGAGAUUUGCUGGAGGACAUGAUGGAGAGCCGCGAGUGCGUCAACUGCGGCUCCAUUUCCACCCCGCUGUGGAGACGCGACGGCACGGGUCACUUUCUCUGUAACGCCUGCGGUCUGUAUAGCAAAAUGAAUGGACUCAGCCGGCCAUUAAUUAAACCUCAGAAGCGUAUGUCAUCUUCAAGGAGGAUUGGUCUGUCUUGCGCAAACUGCCAGACGAGCACUACAACACUGUGGCGAAGAAACGCAGACGGAGAGCCCGUGUGCAACGCGUGUGGACUUUACACAAAGUUACAUGGGGUCCCUCGCCCACUUGCCAUGAAGAAAGAAGGUAUUCAGACGAGGAAAAGAAAACCAAAAACCUUGAACAAAACAAAGGGAUCAUCUGGGAGUAGUUCUGUCCCCAUGACUCCAACCUCCUCAUCGUCCUCUAAUUCGGAGGAGUGCGCAAAAAACAGUCCAUCAUCAACACAGGUGUCUGUAACUUCAGUCAACUCUUCGACACUGGUGGGCCAAGUCGAGGUUCCAGGCACGACAGGCUCCAUGGUGAAGUACCCCGGCCAGCAGAGUCUUUACACGAAUGUAGGCCUGACGUCCACAGCUGACGUGGCAGCCUCCGUGAGAGGGGACACUUGGUGCCCUAUGGCCUUGGCCUAAACCCUGGCAUUACAAGAUGGGAGCCAUGCGGCGUCCUUCAGCUCUCUAGAACAUCCCUUUGGCGUUGUGCUUUAAGUGGCUGGUUCUGGCAGGGUGUUUGGUUGUCAUCCGUUUUUGGUCUGUGUUAUUGAUCUUGAGCAGAGGCCUUAUCUGUUCCAAAUACUCCAGUUUUCGAAUCACCCGUGGAAUACUUUGACUGGGUGUCCAUACUGGAGAUUAUCUGUGGCACUCUGCACUAGAGGACAACACUUGAGAGAGUCUGCUUUAAUAUGCCUUUGGUACUUUCAGAGCACACCCCACACCAUGAGUGUUGCUCAGAGGAGUAAGUGGAACAAAAUUUAUUUUUUAAAAUUAGAUUUGUAUAUAUUAAUGCUAAUGGAUAUUUUGCCCAUCUGGAAAGACGAGGUUGUUGAUUGGGAUUGUGAUGAAGAGAAAAAAAAAAUGGUUGAUCUUUUCUGAAACUGGAAUUGAAGAUAAAGUGCAAAGGUCUUCUAACUGAUGAAUGCAAACAUAUUUAUGAAGCUACGGUUGUUCAAAUAAUGCAUAUACUGUAUUUGUCAAUAAAGAUAAUGUCAAAUAGAUUAGGAUUAAAGCCUUGCCUUUCCUUUUAAGUCUUGUUUCAGUGAUGUUGUUGCAUUGUGAUGUCGCUCACCUACCUGCACACCUUAAAAAAAAGAAAAGAAAAAAAAAGCUCUUAUGUUAUGGUUUAAAACAGGGUAUCAAAGAUCACAAAAGGCUUGUAGUGUCUUGUUUGAUUACACAUUGAGAUCACUGUCAAAUUAUAAUGGUCUAAUCAAGCAAAUUCGUAGUGAAGAAAAUACUUCUCAGAUCAGAUCCUCUCAACUGCUCUGGAAGUUCAAACCUAAAUGGAGAAAUCUGAACGGCGUAAAUAGUCAGCAAAACAGACCAUUACAUUUCUGUUAGAACAAACAGCACUCAGGAUUUCUAAUCUGAUGCAUAUUUUGUUACAAUACAAAACUGCAAAAAAAGGUUUUGCUGAAAUACAUUUAGAUGUAAGACUACCUAACUUAUGACAUUGAUGUGCAUAUUAUCAAUGUGUAUUUUUUAUUUUUAUUACUUUCAGUUUGAUACACUUCUCUGGUCACUACUUAAGCUGAUGGAUGGACAAUGUUUAUUCUGGAUCUUGCUUUUGCAAUUUAUCAAAUGAUUAAGGGAGAAUAAUGUGUCACAAUCAACCAGUAGUGAAUGAAUAAAGUUUCUUGUGAGUUAUCAUCUAAGCCACAAACAUAAUGCACAAUGAUGGUAAAUAAUGAGCAAUUCAAACCACUUAAUUCAAUCUCAAGUGGUUUUGGUGUGCAUGAAUAACUGCCUCUGAGCUGUUAAACAGUUAUCUGACUACAAGUUUCCCAUGUAAAUUAUUUGACAAUUUGACAAGCUUUUGUGUUAUAGGGACAGUGUGAACAACACAAUAAAUGUUUUGCUCUA